UCUGCGGCGGCGGCAGGCAAGCGCGCUUCUUGUCAGUCACGCCAAGGGGCGACGGGGGCAACAUGAAUGAGGCAGAAGGCCUGAGGCAGCGGCGCCCUAUCCGCCCUCAGGUGAUCACCGAGGACAACACGGCUCAGGAGACCAAGGAUGGCAGUACUUACAGCAACAAAGUAUUCCGUGUGACUUUCAUGACUUUGGCUGUAUCGCUAAUUAUUCCCUUACUUGGAGCGAUAAUUCUUCUGGAAUGUCCAAUAGACCCUCAGCCUAUAAGCUUCAAAGAACCUCCUCUCCUCACUGGCGCAUUAGAGCCAAACUUCAAGCUCCGACAAGCAGAAAGGCUAUUUGAAAAUCAGCUUGUUGGACCAGAAUCUAUUGCAAACAUCGGCGAUGUGUUGUUCACUGGUACAGCGGAUGGAAAAAUUCUAAAGAUUGAAAAUGGCGAAAUACACACAUUAGCCCGACUUGGACAUGGCCCCUGUGGAACCACCAGAGAAGAUGAAACCAUAUGUGGGAGACCUCUUGGAAUCAGAGUUGGACCAGAGAACACCCUUUUUGUGGCAGAUGCUUACUAUGGACUGUUUGAAAUCAAUCCUGUCUCAGGUGAAGUGAAACCACUUGUGUCCUCCAAGAUUCCCAUUGAAGGAAAAAACAUGUCCUUUGUGAAUGAUCUUACACUGACGCGAGACGGAAGGAAAAUCUACUUUACUGACUCCAGUAGUAAAUGGCACAGAAAAGACUACUCCUUAUUAAUCAUGGAGGCUUGCGAUGAUGGACGCUUGCUUGAAUAUGACACUGUCACAAAGGAAGUGAAAGUCUUAAUGGGAGGGCUCAGAUUUCCAAAUGGAGUCCAGCUCUCACCUGCUGAAGACUUUGUGGUGGCCGAAACAACUAUGGCAAGAAUACGAAGAUAUUACGUAUCUGGCCUAAUGAAAGUGGAGAAGACAUGUUUAUAGAAAAUGCCCGGCUUUCCAGAUAACAUACGUCCAAGCAGCUCUGGAGGUUAUUGGGUAGCUAUGUCAGCUAUUCGGUCCAAUCCUGGAUUUUCUAUGUUGGAUUUCUUAUCUGAAAAACCAUGGAUUAAAAGAAUAAUAUUUAAGCUGCUCAGUCAAGAAAUGGUGAUAAAAUUUGUGCCCAAGUACAGCCUAGUUCUAGAACUAAGUGAUACCGGAUCCUACAGAAGAAGCUUCCAUGAUCCGAAUGGAAUGGUGGCAACAUACAUAAGUGAAGCACAUGAACAUAAUGGACAUCUCUAUUUGGGCUCCUUCCGGUCUCCCUUUAUUUGCAGACUGAACCUUGAGGACGUCUAAUUCUCUCAGCCAAAAGCACUGCCGGUGUUGUCUUGAGUUCCUCUAGAAGGGCAAACGAGAGUUAGUUGCAAAUGUUGGCCCAGGAAGAAGAAUGAAAUUGCAGUCAGCCAUGAGCACUGUAGGCCCCAAGUAAUUUGCAGGGCAUAAAGUUUGAGCGUUUCUUACGUUAAGCAUGCCAUGCCAUAAAACCAGUGAACCCAAUCCACUAUUGUCUUGUGCAACUCCCAUUUGAAUUGGUGGGCCUUUUGUAGAAGAAGUUCUUGGUGAGUUGUAUACAAUCUUUGGUAUCUUUACUUACUUACACAUAAAUACAAAAUUACCUCAUGAAAACAAAAGUUGCUAAAUCUAAUAGAAGCUGCUUCCACUAGUGAAAGAUGUACAUAAUUAUAUCUACACUUGAAAUAACAUACUGGAAUUACAUCCUUGGACUUUACUUGCUAGUCCAAAAUGACGUCUUGCAUGCAUUUGCUUCCAACUUGGAUUUGUCUUUAUAAGCAUGUUUUUCUAAGCAUGCAUAUUAUAAAAACUAUAAUUUAUAGAUGUAUUAAUAAGCAAAUAAAUUACAGGUAUAAUUCUAUUUUCUGUCUGCUGUUUUCUGCAUGGGUAAUUUUAAAGACAUGAGAUCACUCCUGUGCGGCUCUCUAAACUUGAAAAUGUAUCCUCAGAAUGAUAAAUAGAUACAACUGACAUGGAAGGAGCUUGUUUCAGUCUUAUUUUGUCUCUGUGCAGAUUAUUUGAUCACUAACACAAUUUUUUCAGACAUAGGAAUGCUUUCAUGUCAUUAGAUUGCAAUGUAAGAAAAAGCCUUUAAACACUGUACCUGACUGGUGUACGAGCUAUCCAUUGAGGCCUUUAUUUCUCUUAGAUUUUACUGAAAACUGCACUCUAUAUAGUAAUAAACAGAAGGUUGACUCAAAUGUAUAAAUUGUAUGAUUGAAAUAAUUUUGAAGCACAUAAGGAACUGAUAUUUUGUUACUUAAAGUAUAUUUUAUUUUAUGAUUUUGACUCAUAAAGUUAAGUGCUUUUAUUAUUAUUUGGGUAGUUCAGGGGUGUUUUUUUUAAGAUGUCAAGAUUAUGUCAGAAGAAUUUAAUAUGCAUAAGGUUUUUAAGAGUAAAACCAACCAAUGCUUUGCUGGCUUACUGAGUUACAUCUGGGCAGCCUUUCAAACAAUGCAAACAAAUGUUACAAAUCUUUAUUAUAAUUUGUCAAUGGAAACAACAGAUUAAAUGAUCCAAGAAUUGUA